AGGGAGAGAGAGCGAUGGGAGGCAACCGAGCUUAGGUCCACUUCUCGAGUGAAGAUGCGCCUCAGAAACUGACGACGCGCGCCACAGGAGCCGCUCCAUCGUGGCGGUGUGGGUGGAAAAAGAAGAGGACCAAUUUAUGUGACCUUUUUAUAGGAUUUCACCACUAAUAAUUGCGCAUUUUGCGGCUCCAGGCGCACGUCUAGAAAUUAAGUUUGGACUAACUGGAAAGCAUUAAUUCCUUUCCACGCUUUUAGUAGCGUAAACGGGUGUAAAUAGUGUAAAUGUUUCCGCUUUAGUGACUUUUUAUUAAUUGCUGUGCGAGCAGCUGAGGCGUGUCUGCAACAAGGACGCGCGGAGAAAAUGUCACGAUUACUUCUUUUCCCCCCCUAAGAGUUGACUACUGGUGCAUAUUUAAUUAGCCGAGUUGAAUAUUUUAUGAGCUGGAUAAGUUUUAGUUGCACGGGAGAGGGGGGGUGGGGGGCAGUAAAAUGUGUCAGGGAGAAAAUCGGUGUUUUAUGGACUCGUUUUUUUUGUUUUUUUUAAAUUAAAAGGCGUUGAUCCGUGUCUUGACGCAACAAGACCAACGCAUGUUUUGUGAUCUUACAAUGGACUCGGAAGCCCCGUCGUGGAGGAUGCAUGGGAGCUAACAUUUGGAGAAAGACAACAGACGACAACAGAGACACUCCAGGAGAAGAGACCAAAGCAUGGCCUCUGCUCCAGAGGGCGGCUGCUCCCUGGAGCUUAGCAACUGGAAUGCAAGCGGUGCCUCCGUCCCUUGCAACCAAAGCGUCUUGAAGCUGGCGCCGUACACCCCCGAAGCCACGGCGGCCUUCGCCACCGCCAUAACCCUGAUGGUGGUCUUCACCAUUGUAGGGAACAUCAUGGUGAUUAUCGCCGUACUGACCAGCCACUCCCUGCGAGGGCCGCAGAACCUCUUCCUAGUUUCACUGGCGGCAGCCGACAUCUUGGUGGCUACGCUCAUUAUCCCCUUCUCUCUCGCGAAUGAACUUCUGGGCUACUGGUACUUCAAGUCCCUGUGGUGUGAGAUCUACUUGGCCCUGGAUGUGCUCUUUUGCACCUCCUCCAUUGUGCACCUGUGCGCUAUCUCUCUGGACCGCUACCUAUCCAUUUCCAGGGUCACCUACGGUCGCCAGCGGACUCCCAGACGCAUCAAAGCUGCCAUCGUGGUGGUGUGGCUCAUUUCCGCCAUCAUCUCCUUCCCCCCGUUGCUGUCCCUCAACAAGAGCGAGGUGGGUGACCUCGCGAGCGAGAGGGGACCCCAGUGCCAGCUCAAUGACGAGCGUUGGUACAUUCUUUACUCCACCAUCGGCUCCUUCUUUGCCCCGUGCCUCAUCAUGAUCCUGGUCUACGUAAGAAUCUACCAAAUCGCCAAGCAGAGAACACGGUGCCCUCCAGGGGAGCCUCGCAAGGACGGAGUGGGCGCGGCCACGCCGAGCCAGCCCAAGCGGCAAGUCCAAGCCAACGGCAGGGACGAUGAUGGAAAAACGUCCCCCGAGAAAACAUCCAACAUCAGACCCCCCACCCUCGCCAUUACACCGUCCCUUUCAGGAGGACAGGAGGAACCCUCCCAGGAGCCCAACCCCAAUAAUCUGCAACCUCCACCCCCAACUCCAGCUAUGAGCCCAGUCACCAGCUCUGUCGAUACCACUCUGCACGUGCCGCCCGCUGCCCCAACCAAGACUAAAGCACGAUUGAACAAGUUCAAGCGGCAAAAGCAAAGCAGAUCCGACAAUAACAACGGCGACAGCUCCAGCACGGAUAGCGAGGUCAGCAACGGAGGCGGCCGGGGCAGCGCCAGCAUGCCGGGGUCACCCGGGGGAGGGGGCGUCCACUCCCCGAGUUCCAUCAAGCGCUACACCAACAUGAUCGCCACUUCGAAGGGGUCGCGGCUGGUGCCGGGAAGGAAGUCCAGAAUCGAUAACAACCCCGGGGCGGCUCGGCGCAAAGCCAUGGUCAACCGGGAAAAACGCUUCACCUUUGUGCUGGCUGUCGUCAUCGGCGUCUUUGUGGUGUGCUGGUUCCCGUUCUUCUUCUCCUACUCCCUCCAGGCGGUUUGCCCCAUAACCUGCGCCAUUCCCGAUCCACUCUUUAAGUUCUUCUUCUGGAUUGGUUAUUGCAACUCCUCCCUCAACCCCGUCAUCUACACCAUCUUCAACAAAGACUUUAGGAAGGCUUUCAAAAAGAUUCUGUGCAGAAGUACCAAGGGUACUUUCUAUUAGAACACAAAGUCGGCCACUUGGAACCAAUGAGGCGUGUAACAUUAACAUCUUUCAAAGGGCUGUAUUAAUAUUAUGAUGAGCCAUGGAUGUACAAUUCCAAAUUACUUCAACACAGCCAUAGAAUGCAUUACUUGACAUUUUAUCGUACACAAUAGGGGUCCUUGACAGGAAAGGUAAAGUUCACUACUGACGACAAUGCCAAACAAAUUUACCACAUCACACUGAGUGACUAUAUGCUGGGAACACCAGAUAAGAACGGCAACAGCAGACACAUGUCAAAUUU